CUCCCAAGGUCGGGCCGGACUGGGCACUAGUGGAGGACUUUUCUAGUUUUCUAGUUUUGGGGACUAGACGUCUCGUCUCUGCAGCAGACGGGCAGUCAUGGCAGCGACCUCAGAGAAGAUUCCCAUCGCCUUGGCGGGCCCGGAGGACCUGCAGCAGUUUAUGCCGCCUGCUUAUACGGCGGUCUCCCUGAAGCCCAGCCCGGGUUCCUCCACCUCUGGCCGGCUGCUGAAGGUCGGAGUCGCGGUGCUGAUCCUGGGAGCCGCGCUGCUCCUGUUCGGGGCCGUGGGGGCAUUCUACUUCUGGAAUGUCAAUGACAAACACGUGUAUAAUGUCCACUACAGCAUGAGUAUCAAUGGGAAGGUUGAGGAGGGCUCCAUGGAAAUCGACCCGCUGAACAACAUGGAGAGAUUCCACACCGGCAGCGGCAGCGACCAGGCCAUCGAGGUGCACGACUUCCAGAUCGGCAUCACUGGUAUUCGUUUCGCAGGAGGAGAGAAAUGCUUCAUCAAGUCUCAGCCCAAAGGACAACUACCCGAUGUGGACAACCUCAACAAGGAGUCAAUCACAUUCGACCUGGAUGAUGAGGUGAUGCCGGCGCGGUUUGAUGACUCCUCCCUGGUGCUGGUGGCGUCUGGUCAGCCCCUAAAGGACGUCAGCUUCCUGAGCAGCAAGAUCACCGAGCUGUGCGGAGAACUGCCCAUCUUCUGGCUGAGGCCAUCCUACAGAGCAGGUGGCCAGAGGAAGAGGAGGGCGGUGCCUCGUGCCAGACGGCAGGUGAUUGGCCCAGAGGAGGAGGAGCCCCUCGUGGAGGAGGAGCCAGCAGCUUUCAACCCAGAGAACCCCUAUCAUCAUGGCGAGGGUGAGGAGGGCACCAUGACCUUUGACCCCAUGCUGGACCAUACUGGCGUGUGCUGUACGGAGUGUCGUCGUGCGUAUACGCAGUGUCAACGCGUGUGUGAGCCGCUCGGAGGCUAUCAGCCCUGGCCCUAUCACUACGCUGGAUGCAGGUCUGUCUGUCGGCUCAUCAUGCCCUGCCGCUGGUGGGUGGGACGCAUCCUCGGAAUACUGUAAUCGGAAUACUGGAGAGAGAGUCUUCGGAAUCAUCAUCGGAAUACUAUAACGGAAUCAGGAUUGGAAUACUCGGAAUCGGAAUAUUGUGACUGGAAUCAUCAUCGGAAUCCUACAGCGGAAUAUCAGAGAGAGUCAUCGGAAUCAUCAUCAGAAUGCUGUAACGGAAUCAUCAUCGGAAAUACUCGGAAUACCGGAGGGAGGGUGGCGAGUCAUCGGAAUGCUGUAACGGGACGUCAGUCAUCAUUGGAAUACCGUAAAGGAAGGAGGCGUUCUAGAAUGCUGAAGUGGAGUUUUCUAUUCUUGCAAUUCGUAACGGGGGUCAUCCUUUGGACGGUGUAAUGGGGAGAUGCUGGAAUAU